GGCGGGCGGCGGCGGCGGCGGCGGCGGCGGUGGCGGUAGAGGGGCGUCAGACUCGCCCCAGGGUCGGCGAGGGAGGCUGGCAGUCAGGAUAGACACACCGCGGCCAUGGGAGGCUUGAAGGACGAGCUGCUCAAGGCCAUCUGGCAUGCCUUCACCGCGCUGGACCUGGACCACAGCGGCAAGGUCUCCAAGUCCCAGCUCAAGGUCCUUUCUCAUAACCUGUGCACGGUGCUGAAGGUUCCACAUGACCCUGUUGCCCUUGAAGAGCACUUCAGGGAUGACGAUGAGGGGCCCGUCUCCAAUCAGGGCUACAUGCCGUAUUUAAACAAGUUCAUUUUGGAAAAGGUCCAAGACAACUUUGACAAGAUUGAGUUCAAUAGGAUGUGUUGGACCCUCUGUGUCAAAAAAAACCUCACCAAGAGCCCCUUGCUCAUUACAGAAGAAGAUGCAUUUAAAGUAUGGGUUAUUUUCAACUUUUUAUCUGAGGACAAGUAUCCAUUAAUUAUUGUGCCAGAAGAGAUUGAAUACCUGCUUAAGAAACUUACAGAAGCUAUGGGAGGAGGUUGGCAACAGGAACAAUUUGAACAUUAUAAAAUCAACUUUGAUGACAGUAAAGAUGGUCUUUCUGUGUGGGAACUGAUUGAACUUAUUGGAAAUGGACAGUUUAGCAAAGGCAUGGAUCGGCAGACGGUGUCCAUGGCAAUUAAUGAAGUCUUUAAUGAGCUUAUAUUAGAUGUGUUGAAACAGGGUUACAUGAUGAAAAAAGGCCAUAGACGGAAAAACUGGACUGAACGCUGGUUUGUACUAAAACCCAACAUAAUUUCUUAUUAUGUGGGUGAAGAUCUGAAAGAUAAGAAAGGAGACAUUCUCUUGGAUGAAAACUGCUGUGUGGAGUCCUUGCCUGACAAAGAUGGGAAGAAAUGCCUUUUUCUCAUAAAAUGUUUUGAUAAAACCUUUGAAAUCAGUGCCUCAGAUAAGAAGAAGAAACAGGAGUGGAUUCAGGCCAUUCACUCUACUAUCCAUCUGUUGAAGUUGGGCAGCCCCCCACCACAUAAAGAAGCCCGCCAACGUCGGAAAGAACUCCGGAAGAAGCUGCUGGCUGAACAGGAGGAGCUGGAGCGACAGAUGAAGGAGCUCCAGACUGCCAACGAAAAUAAGCAGCAGGAGCUGGAGACCGUGAGGAAGAAACUGGAAGAAGCAGCGUCUCGUGCAGCAGAAGAAGAAAAGAAACGCCUUCAGACUCAAGUGGAACUACAGGCGAGGUUCAGCACAGAGCUGGAGCGAGAGAAGCUUAUCAGACAACAGAUGGAAGAACAGGUUGCUCAGAAGUCCUCUGAACUGGAACAGUAUUUGCAGCGAGUACAGGAGCUGGAAGACAUGUACCUAAAGCUGCAGGAGGCUCUCGAGGAUGAGAGACAGGCCCGGCAAGAUGAAGAGACUGUGCGGAAGCUUCAGGCCAGGUUGCUGGAGGAAGAGUCUUCCAAGAGGGCUGAACUGGAAAAGUGGCACCUGGAGCAGCAGCAGGCCAUUCAGACAACUGAAGCGGAGAAACAGGAGCUGGAGAAUCAGCGCGUCCUGAAAGAGCGGGCCCUUCAGGAAGCCAUGGAACAGCUGGAGCAACUUGAGCUAGAGCGGAAACAAGCGCUUGAGCAGUAUGAGGGAGUUAAGAAGAAGCUGGAGAUGGCAACUAGUAAGACCAAGAGCUGGAAGGACAAAGUGGCCCAGCAUGAAGGAUUAAUUCGAUUGAUAGAGCCAGGUUCAAAAAACCCUCACCUGAUCACUAACUGGGGCCCCGCAGCUUUCACCCAGGCAGAACUGGAAGAGAGAGAGAAGAACUGGAAAGGAAAGAAGAACACGGAGUGACCAAGUGACCCGAGUGACGAGCUGGCAGGAGUCCCGUCCAUUGUGCAGAUUCUGGGUGUAGCCGGAAAGCUUGAUGCUAAAGACAAAGGAACUGGCUUUGCUGCUUCUAACCAUUCUUUCUUCAGUGCCUUCUAUCAGGCCAAUAUACUAAGGAAGCCUUCUUAUUUAUCUUCCUGAAAAUAAGGGCUUACCUGAAAAAAUAAAAAAAAAAGUCGACACUAUCAAGCUUUUUAUUUACUCUUUGAAAACUUUAGCUUCUGAAAAUUCCCUUUAGCUCUCUCAGGUCCUUGUGGGAUUGAGGCAGCAUGCAAACCGCGCCGUGGCCGCCAUCAGCUGCCGAUGUUGAGGUGCAUGGGGGUGUGGGGUCAGGAUUACUGGAUAAUCAGAACCUGAGUGACUGGGGUCAUUCCUUUCCUGUGGCAGCAUGUUUCCUUCUUUGGGUGCGUGGCCAGUCUGCUUGCCUUGGCAUGCUGGUUGCCAUGGAUACUUUUGACCAGCUGCUCCCACAGAGCGGUCCCUGGCCACGUGUGGAUCUUGCCUCCGCUAAGAGGGCACAGUCCAUGGAUGCAGUUGUGCAGAAGUUUCUGCUGAAUGCAGUGCUGCUGAGUUACUUCCUGGCUUUAGUGGCACUAAUCUCAAGGAGGCAAACACCUUAUUAAACAGGCUUUGGCUAAGAUCGAUACUUAGGAAUCAGCACAGAGAUGAACUCAGUAAAUCCCAUUUGGAAUGAUAAUUUGAUACUAACUGAAUUCUUCCUAAUGUUUAAAAAGGUUUUAAGGGUCAACGUGCUGCCAGACCCCUUGCUUUUUCUUUUGUAGUUACUGUACAGAAAACUUCAGGAGUAUAUGGAUGUUUGUCAUGAUUAGGCCUUUUCCUUGAUAAAUAUGGAUAUGAUCAUUUAUAGGAAUUAUACAUGAAAAAAGUUUUAAGAAUGUAUUUUUAUGAUGUCCUAUGUUGAGAGGGAACAAAUAUUUAUAAUUUUCAAACAUUCUUACCUAAAUGUUGUACAAUGUAAUAUGCUGAACUUUAAUUUUUUUUGCUAAUUUUCUAAGAUAUAUUAAAAAUGUUUUGUAUGUUUGUUUUUUUUCUAGUAAAAUGGACUGAGUAAGAAAAUAAAAACACCAGAACAGCAUGCAUUUUAAACUGUCUGAUUUAAUAGGACAGUAGGGUACAUUUGUGUAUUUUCAUAUAACGAGAUGGACUUGAGUUUAGGGAUGCUUCCUGCAAACACAGUUUGGAGCUUGGACCCCCGAACCAGUGCUGUGAUGACGUUAGCUAUGGCUUUGUGUUUGGUGCUUGAGUCACUCGUGUGGGAAACCAUGGCAGAUGUGUGCAUUCACAGACGGGAAUUUACGAUGAUGAUUUCUCCCUCAUUGUUGCUGUUACCUCUGAAUCCUGUUAACUCUGCUUUCCCGAAUUUUCUUUUUAUGCCUUUUAGUUUUUGUUUCAGUUUUACCAGAGUAAACAGUGUGGUUUUUUGUUUUGGUCUCA